AUGACCAAACUUGGCUCUCUCCUCACUGAGUGGAGUGCAGCCGUGAAACACGAGUCUGACUUGACAGGAAAUGGCCGCUUGGACUGGAUCAACCUAGUGGCGUAUGACUUCUAUGACCCCGCUCUCUCAAGGAAUGCUACUGGACCUUUUGCUACAUUGUACGGAGGAAAUGACACCAUAAUCCCGCUUUAUGGGGAUCUCGGAGUCGAAGCUUGGAUUCAGGCACCGGUGGCCGCCCAACAAAUAGUCCUCGGCCUUCCAUUUUAUGGCGCUGCGUGGCUUCUAGUAGAUGCUACAAAGACUGAAAUAUUUGCCCCGGCUAAUGGACCGGCUGAUGGACAUGCUGCUGGAGUAUAUAUUGAUCCCAUAAAUGGGACCAUACUCUAUAACCAAAUCAAGUAUUUCAUAGAGACACACCCUGAAGGCAAUGAGAAAUACAGUGCCGACUAUGUUUUAGACUAUUUCAGUGCUGAGAAAACUUGGAUUGGUUAUAAUGGUAUCAAGAGUAUCACUGCUAAGGUAACAUAUGCUAGGGAUAAAACGUUGCUCGGCUACUAUGCAUGGCAUGUGGGCGGCGACAGAGAUAGGACUCUUUCAGGAGCAGCUUCUGGCGCAUGGCCAAUUCCUGGACCUGAGCGGGAUACUGCCACUGGCACCAGCACCAGCACCGGCACAGCCACAGCCACAGCCACCUCCACUGCCUCCGGCGUCGGCACAGUCACCGGCACCGUCACCAGCGCCAUCACCGGCACAAACACCAACAAACACACUUUCAUCUGCACCAACACUUGUCCGGCACCAGCACCGGCUCGGUGUGAAAAUUACCAACAAUAA